AUGGUCUAUGCCCAGCUCGACCGUGGAGACCAUGUUGCCUGGGAAUGGCCCUCAAACAAUGGUGGCUGGAAAGAGACCGAGGUGAAGAAGCUCAUGAACUACAUGGCCAAGCAGGGCUUCCUCUGCACGACCCUGCUGGAUGGCUGCAUGAUGGGCGUGACCACACCGGACACGGGGGAGGCAAUGAAGAAGCAGUGGCGAAUCGUGACGACCUGCCCCUGCCUUAAGAAAGCCUUGUCUGUUCGGUGCGACAAGACACAUGGACACGCCGAAUGUAUUGGCCAUGGCCGUGCUUUGAGUUCUGGCUUCUACCCGGUGAAGAUGUGCAAAACCAUUGCCCAGGUUGUGCUGACCUCUGGCUAUGAAUCGGCAAAGCUGGUCGAGGACUGGGUCUACGGGCUUCAAGAAGAACCGCUGCUCCAAGGAAAGCUUACACCGGAAGAUCGAAAGAAGGCAGUGGCCCUGGUACAUCGUCUACAUGUUCGUGCCGGACAUCCGUCGAAGAAGCUGCUUGCCAAUGUUCUUCGUGCCCGUGGUGCUCACCCAGAGGUGGUCAAGAUUGCCUUGGAGCACGAGUGUGCCGACUGCCAGGAGAUGAGACUUCCAUCUUUGUCCCAGAGUGUGUCGCUGCAGCAGAGUGAUACUCCAUGGAAGGUCAUCCAGAUCGACAAUGCCGAGCUUCGUGUGGAAGACAAGGUGACGCACUUCAUGGUGAUCACCGACGAGGCCACCCACUACAUGAAGGUGGUCAAGCUGUUCGAGCGCGACGUCCAGGAGGGCCGCAACGCCACUGCCGAGGAGGCCAUUCUUGCAAUUGAGCAGAGCUGGGUCCAGUCCUAUGGCUUCCCCGACCGGAUACGGCUCGAUCCUGAAGGACGUGUGGAGAUGACACCCUGUCCGGCUGAAGCUCACAACCAGAUCGGCCAAGUUGAGUCGCUGAUUGGCAAGGUGAAGCAAGAUGCCAUCACCCUCCUCUCCGGCAUGCCGAUCGGUGCUCAUCGAGCUCAAGGAUUCAGUCCGGUCCAAUGGGCUUUUGGGCGGGAUUUCAAUCCUGAAGGCCGUCUGUUCGACACCGAGCAGGGCGUCCCUUUUCUCCAGAACUCCACAACUCCUGGACACACCUUCUAUGACCAGAUGAGCGUAAGGCAAGCUGCGGAAGACAUCUCGAGGAGGUCCCAGGCCACCUACCAGUUGGGCCGUUUGCUCAACAUGCGGACGAGGAGGACUACAAGGUUCGUCCCCGGAGACUUGGUGUUUUACCGCCGAGUGCAACCUCCUGCUGAUAUCCCGGCUCACCCUGGACUUGGCUUUGCAAAGGUUGGUCAGGGGAGGUGGUUUGGCCCAGCUAGAGUCCUUGCCAGCGAGACGAGAACGGACGCCCAAGGACAAGAACGACGGCCAGCACACACGGUCUGGAUCACCGCAAACGGCCGGUUGAAGCGAUGCGCCCCUGAGCAGCUACGCCACGCUUCCGAUAGGGAAGCUGCCAUCGCUGAGGCCUCUGAGACGGUGACUCCGACGUGGACUUUCCACAGCCUACUCCAGCAGCUCAACCCGCGUGCCUACGACGUCUACGACGACCACGUGUUCCCUGAGGACAUACGAGUUCGACCUGCACGAGCACGUUCUCGAACACCAGCUCAUGAAGGUGAAGGACGAGGACAACCGGAAGAAGAACAAAGAACGAGGUCACGGACACCGGCGAGAGACGACAAAGCUCCAGAAGCGGCUCCAGUUGAAGACCAACCGGAAGAAGGACAAAGAACCAGGUCACGGACACCGGGUGAGCAGACCAGCACUGGUCGCAAGGUACGUGGUCCAGACAGGAUCGGUCCUUUGAGGAAUCCUGUCACGCCUUCUACAUCUUCCACACAGCCUGACCCGAGUACCGUGACCACUGACGGCCCGAGGUACUUGAACGACCCGAGCUACGACCCAACGUUGUUCAGGUUCCUGCAGGACGAGCAGGCUCGACAAGGAGGAGCUGACCUACAGCGCCAACCCCUGUUCAAGAAGCAGAAGCAGGCUCACACGCAGCGCGCGCAGCAAGGCUCCCGUCCCGCUUCGACGACCCGAACGACUUCCUUGCCUCCGGCCUCGGCGACUCAGGUAGCGGAGGGCUACGUGACACAGCCAGAGGAGGCCAGCCAGGACUUCUACGUGGACGUGCGCGAGAAUGAGCUGGUGAUGUGUGCCAUAGAGCUUCCUGUUCCUAACAAGGAGUCUGAAUGGAAGCGCCUGAAGCGUGAUGCCUCUGCUUGGAUGGCAAAGGGACUUCGAAAACAAGAAGUCUCGUACAGCAAGCUUGAUCAGGAGGGCCGCAAAGGCUUCGACAAGGCUAAGGAGAAUGAGGUCACUCAAUGGAUCCAGGAAGCUGCAGCAAAGCGCAUCGAAGGGUACGUGCCGAGGCAUCGUAUCAUGCGCAUGAGGUGGGUCCUUACGUACAAGGAGACCGGUGCCCCGAAAGCGAGAAUAGUCAUAGUUGGCUACGAAGAUCCGGACAUAACGUCCCUGGUCUCGAGUUCUCCAACGAUGUCUAGACGCACGCGGCAACUUGUUUUCCAGCAAGCCGCCUUGCGGUCGUGGCGUACGUUAAAGGCCGAUGUAAAAUCGGCUUUCCUCCAGACCGCUCCCACGCAGCUUUCCAGAGCCGUGUUCGCGCGGCCGGUUCCUGAACUCGCGAAAGCGAUGAACCUCAAAGAAGGGCAGACCAUACAGCUCGCAAAGGCGGCGUAUGGGUUGAUAAACGCUCCGGCCGAGUGGCACCGGGAUAUAAAUCGCACGCUAACCUCUCUUGGUUUUAACCAACUACGCACGGAACCGUGCUGUUGGAAAUACGUGCGGUACGAGAAUGGAGUUCCACGCCUUUUAGGCGUCGUGUGCGCCCACGUUGAUGACUUUAUCAUUACAGGAUGUGAGCAGGAUCCUGAGUGGGUCGCAGCAGUCUCCGGAUUCCAUUCAAAAUAUCGUUUCUCCCCAUGGGAGUGUGUGAACUACAAUCACUGCGGAGUGGCCGUUCGCGAGGGCAACAGUGAGUUCAUCCUUGAUCAGUCGACCUACUGCUCUCAGAUCGAGGAGAUCAAGUUUGAAGCCCGAAACGAAGACGAUCUGGCCACAAAAGAUGAGAUCACACAACUCCGAGGAGUACUUGGUGCCGUUCAAUGGCGCGCUUAUAGCACUGCCCCUCAGCUCCUGGUGCAGUUAAGCAUGCUGCAGUCCAUGAUCAGCAAGGCCACAGUGAAAACUCUGAAGCUGGCAAACAAGCUCGUGCGAGAGGCGUUCCACAAUCGCUUCCAGCACAUACGCAUCACUGGUCUGGAUGGCCUAGACCCAGAGGAGGUGAACUUCGUUGCCUGGAGUGAUGCUGCAGUCGGCAAUAGGCCAGACUUUGGAUCAACCGGUGGCUACCUGGUCUGUGCGACCACGCCAGCCAUGCUGAAAGGAGAAGCCGCUCCUGUGACUCCUGUGAGCUGGAGAUCUGGGCGCCUGCAGAGAGUGGCCAGGUCUUCGCUGGCUGCAGAGACUCAAGCAGCUAGUGAGGCAGAGGAGGAACUCAUGAUGGUCCGCUUGCAAUGGUGCGAGAUGCUCGGCUACGAGGUCGAUUUGAAGCGCCCCGGCAAGGACAUCCAGAAGGUUCCGGCGGCCCUGGUCACGGAUGCGAAGAGCCUCUACGACGUGCUCAUCAAGGAGGACCUGAACACGACGGCGGCGGGCCUCAAGGAGAAGUACUCGGCUUUGGAGCUUCUUUCUUUGUCUGAGCGGCUUCGUGAAGGAAAGACCUGGCGUUCGUUGGGUGAACUCCGCGCUGAAAACAAAGGUCAGCCGCUGCAAGUGCUGGUGAGAGUGAUUGAUGUCUUUGGGGCAGCAACAGCUGCAGCGCCGGAUGGUGAGCGGGAGCUGCCCAAGGCUCGACGGCUGCCGCAGAGCAAACUCCAGGGAGGCUUUUUGGAGUCCUUCUUACAGUCUGACGCAUGCGGUUUCAAUACUCGAUGCGAUUGCUCCGAAGCAAGUUUCUCUGAUGAGCGCCAGAAGUACAGAACGCACAAGACUCGUCGUGAUGACUUACUGGAGGAGCUUUUUGCAGCACAUGAUCUGAACAAGAACGGUCUGCUCGAGGAGUUGGAGUUGAUCCAGUUGAACAAGAAGAUUGUUCUGCUUCAUUAUGGUCGCAAUGCGGAUAUGGAUGCUGUCAAGACCAAGUACCAGGAUAUCUUUCGCCGGAACCUGAAUGUCAAUGGGGACCCAAUUAACUUCCCUGUCUUCCGCGAGUACAUUCAGCAGGUCCUGAACUCCAUCGAUACCGAUCCUGCUGCCCAGGAGAUGAUAUUAGAGCAGUGGCUGGCAGAAGCUCAGGCUGCCCGGCUCAUGUUCCACAUGCCAUCCGCGAUGAGCGUGUCGGAUCUGCCCUUCUUGGCCACCAUCUCAUUUGACCAGGACGAUCUUCAGAACAAGCCUGUAAGCCGACGCUCUGUGGAUACUGUGUCCACUACGGCCUCGGCUUCCAUGCCGGUGGUGACGUCGCGAGCACCGGCUCGAUGCACCUCCUUUGUCCAUGUGGGCCCGCCAACGGAAGAGGAGAAGGCAUACAUGCGCCCAUGGACCU